AUGGCCAAGUCGAAGAAAAACUUGAACCCCGACGAGCCCGUGCUUGAGGAAACCACUUCGGACCCUCAAGAAGUCGCUCAUAGGGUUUCCAACAUGGAGAUAUCCGAGCAUACUAUCAACCGUCUUGGCAACCUUGAGCGAGAAUUCAGCCAGUACCGUCGAGACAUGGAUAAGGCCGAAAACCAUAGACGGAGGGAUAUAGAGAGACAAUUCGGCGAACUCCACAAAGACUUAGCCGUAAUGAGGAGGAACCAACAGAACGAAAUGGAUGAAGUACGAGCAAUGUUUAGGGUUCUAACCUCAAACCAGCAACAAGGUACAGAGAGGGCUACUCAGGGCCCGAAUACACGCCCAGACAAGGGUAAGGGUUUGUUAGUUGCACCAAACUAUCAAACCGACACUGAGGUCGAUCCCAAUAACAUCUCUCAUAUUGGGAUGAGUACAGAAGGAGGUCGGCGCAAUACCAUGGCGCCUCCUCAAGGCAGGCAUCAACAGGAUGCCUACGAUGAUAGGACUCCCCGAGCACCACGAUUUGGACACCAUAGCCAAAACCGAGUAGAGCUCACGUCCGAAGGGGAGCAAGACGAGUCUCCAGCUCGUCAAAGAAGAGGGUCUCGAUUCCACCAAAGGCAAGAAGAGCGACGGACACCCUCAGUCCGAUAUGAGUUCCCUAAGUUCAAUGGGGAACACUUGAGAGAAUGGCUCUUCAUGGCAGAGCGGUACUUCCUUUGUCACCACGUUCCCGAGGCAGAAUGGAUUGAGAUAGCUACGGCCAACAUGACCGGAGAAGCUACAACGCAUUAUUUGUGGUUUAACCACAAUAAUGAAGAACAAACCUGGGAAAAGUAUAAGGCCAGUCUCCAACUCCAAUUUGGGGACUCAACAUUUAUUGAUUACGAUGAGGACUUAAAGAAUUUGGUCCAGACCACUACCGUGCCAACCUACAAAAGGCAGUUCGAGCGCCUAGCUAGCAUGGUAAGGUGGCCUGAAAAGGCCCUCAUCGGCGCUUUUAAAGGAGGCCUUAGAAAUGAUAUAAAGCGGGAAAUGAAAAUUCACCACUUUGAAAAGUUGGAAGAAUGCAUAGCCAUGGCCCGUCUCUACGAAGAGAGAAUCGAGGAAAGAAGAGCCGAGAAAAAGGCUCAUAAGUUUGAUAAACAGAGGAAACGAAGCUCCUAUCCCUCUGCUUCUCGCAAUACUCGAAAGGAGAUAGUUCCCUUCAAAAGAGGGAACGAACCACGGCCCUACCAGAACUCCAAUCAAGGGCAGGGCAAGAAACCGCCCCUACGCUACCUCACGCCUCAACAAAUUGAGGAAUACAGACGCAAAGGUCUGUGCUAUAGGUGUGAGGGUAAAUGGGAUAAGUAUCACAAGUGCCCAGCCUACUUCAGGGUACAAGUGAUAAGCGAUGAAGAAUCAAGCUCGUGUACAGAUAGUGACUCAUCCUCCAGCGCUUCAUACGAGUCCAGCUCGUCCUCUUCAGAGGAAGAGGUAGUUCAAAAGCGCAGAAUUAAAAAGACCGAGAAGAAAAAAGAAGUAGCCAAGGAAGAGACUCCCGCCAAAGAGGAGAAACCCACAGAGGCCGAGUCUCUUCAAUCGAUGCAAGACCCAAACAAGCCCAAUUCAUUUCGAGUGUUUGGGAGGAUCAACGGCAAGAAGAUCCUCAUUUUGUUGGACAAUGGGGCCACACGAAACUUCCUAACUGAGGAAGCAGCUAAAAAGUGUAAGGUGCCCCUCGAAUCCAGCUCACCCCAAACAAUAGUCGUGGGAGGGGGUCUAAGGCUGAAAUUCCUUAACGAAGGGAAGAACAUGGAAGUCGUCAUCAAGAAAAAGCCCUUCAAAAUUGAUUUCUUGGUUAUUCCACUCGAUGGAGUGGAUUUGAUUCUCGGAAUGCCCUGGUUUUUUACCUUGGGUAUCAUAUCAUGGGACGUGAAGAACUUUAGCAUGACCUUCACGCCCGACGGAGAAGAUGAGCCGAUGACCUUACAAGGCAUCACGAGCACUACACGUCCCAAGGCUGCCUUACGAGCUAUAGAGGCAGACCAACCAGCGUGUUGGGUGAUGGCACUAGCUACGGAUGUGCCAUCUAGAGAGGAGCACGAAGAGAUUGUGCCUCCACGGAUACAGUCGGUGUUGGACCGAUAUGAGGAUUUGUUCGAGGAGCCAAAAGGACUACCUCCUCCUCGUUCCUACGACCAUCGAAUCGUGAUGACCCAAGGGGCCGAACCAGUCAACGUGCGGCCCUACAGAUAUGGGUAUAACCAGAAGGCCGAAAUAGAGCGUCUGGUUAAGGAGAUGUUAGAGAGUGGCAUAGUUCAGCCAAGCAGCAGUCCUUUUUCUUCUCCAGUCUUGCUCGUGAAGAAGAAGGACAAUACAUGGCGCUUUUGUAUUGAUUACCGCGCCCUGAACGAAGCCACGGUGAAGGAUAGGCACCCUAUACCUGUCAUCGAUGAGUUGUUGGAUGAGCUAGCCGGGGCGACCAUAUUCUCCAAGAUAGACUUGAGAGCCGGCUACCAUCAAAUCAGAAUGUGUAAGGAUGACGUCCCCAAAACGGCAUUCAGGACACAUGAUGGGCACUACGAAUUCCUCGUUAUGCCCUUCGGUCUAACUAAUGCACCGGCAACAUUUCAAAGGUGCAUGAACGAUGUCUUUCGUCAAUACCUCCGAGAUUUUAUAUUGGUCUUCUUUGACGACAUUCUAAUAUAUAGUCAGACAGAGGAAUUGCAUGAGAAACACCUUGCAACAGCUCUUCAGGUGCUACGUGAUAACCAACUGUAUGCAAAACGGUCCAAAUGCAGCUUUGGACAACCGAGCAUUGGUUAUCUUGGGCACAUCGUGUGA